AGAGCGCAGCGCACGGACACACACAAAGAGAGGGGAAAAUACACGGCGCCCGCCCGCUGCCCCCAGCAACUCCCCGGGCCGCCCCGGCCUGGCCCUCCGCGCGCGGCCCCCACUCCCCAGCCCCGCGCUCCCCCCAGCCCCCACGUGGCGCCCCAACUCGGCGCGGGCCCGCUCUGCAAAGUACAGAACUCGUGUCCCAGUGGAAUAGAAGAUGAAUGCAACUGAAUUCAGUGAAGAUGUAGAAGAAGUUCUAAAAAAUAACACUGUGAAAGUGGAGACAGAGGCCGAAGAUGCGGCCCUGGACUGCUCAGUGAAUUCCAGGUCCUCCGAGAAGCACGCUCUGGACAGCGUCUUCACUGGCCUCCAGGACUCCAGCAAGAGAAAGCAGCCGGGCGGCGAGGGCCCGCCGGACUCCGUCCCAAGCGUGAAGAGGCGGCGGCUGAUUCCCGAGGCGCUCCUAGCAGGCAUGCGGAACCGGGAGAACAGCUCGCCCUGCCAGGGCAACGGGGAGCAGGCAGGCAGGGGCAAGAGCUCGGGCUCCGUGUGGCCGGGCGAGGAGGAGCCCAGCAACGACGUGACCACGCCCUCCUACAAGAAGCCUCUGUACGGCAUCUCGCACAAGAUCAUGGAGAAGAAGAACCCUCCCACCGGAGACGCGCUUAACACAUUCGAGCUCUUCGAGAAGGCGAACCCCAGGAACAGCCCCUCACCGCUGCGGCUCCUGAACGAGCCACAGAAGCGGGACGGCGGCGGCGCCGCGGCAGCCACCGACGGUGACCCCAACAUCUACUUUCUCAUCCAGAAGAUGUUCUACAUGCUCAACACGCUCUCCUCCAACAUGUCGCAGCUGCACAGCAAGGUGGACCUGCUCUCCCUGGAGGUGAGCCGCAUCAAGAAGCAGGUGAGCCCCACCGAGAUGGUAGCCAAGUUCCAGCCGCCCCCCGAGUACCAGCUCACGGCAGCCGAGCUCAAGCAGAUCGUGGACCAGAGCCUGUCGGGCGGCGACCUGGCCUGCCGCCUGCUGGUGCAGCUCUUCCCUGAGCUCUUCAGCGACGUGGACUUCUCCCGGGGCUGCAGCGCCUGCGGCUUUGCGGCCAAGCGGAAGCUGGAGUCGCUGCACCUGCAGCUCAUCCGCAACUACGUGGAGGUCUACUACCCAUCGGUGAAGGACACGGCCGUGUGGCAGGCUGAGUGCCUGCCCCAGCUGAACGACUUCUUCAGCCGCUUCUGGGCCCAACGGGAAAUGGAGGACAGCCAGCCCGGCGGCCAGGUCGCCGGCUUCUUCGAGGCCGAGCAGGUGGACGCCGGCCACUUCCUGGACAGCAAAGACCAGGAGGAGGCCCUGUCCCUGGACCGGAGCAGUACCAUCGCCUCGGACCACGUGGUGGACACGCAGGACCUAACUGAGUUCCUGGACGAAGCCUCGUCGCCCGGGGAGUUCGCCGUCUUCCUUCUGCACCGGCUCUUCCCCGAGCUCUUCGACCACCGGAAGCUGGGCGAGCAGUAUAGCUGCUACGGGGACGGAGGCAAGCAGGAGCUGGACCCACAGAGGCUGCAGAUCAUCCGCAACUACACGGAGAUCUACUUCCCCGACAUGCAGGAGGAGGAGGCCUGGCUGCAGCAGUGCGCCCAGCGCAUCAACGACGAGCUGGAGGGCCUGGGGCUGGACGCGGGCAGCGAGGGUGAGCCCCCGCGGGACGACUGCUACGACUCUUCCAGCCUUCCCGAUGACAUCUCCGUGGUCAAGGUGGAAGACAGCUUCGAGGGCGAGCGGCCCGGCCGGCGGUCCAAGAAGAUCUGGCUGGUGCCCAUCGACUUCGACAAGCUGGAGAUCCCGCAGCCCGACUUCGAGGUGCCUGGCGCCGACUGCCUGCUCAGCAAGGAGCAGCUGCGCAGCAUCUACGAAAGCAGCCUGUCCAUUGGCAACUUUGCCUCACGCCUGCUCGUGCACCUGUUCCCCGAGCUCUUCACCCAUGAGAACCUGCGCAAGCAGUACAACUGCAGCGGCUCCCUGGGCAAGAAGCAGCUGGACCCGUCCCGCAUCAAGCUCAUCCGCCACUACGUGCAGCUGCUCUACCCGCGGGCCAAGAAUGACCGCGUCUGGACACUGGAGUUCGUGGGCAAACUGGACGAGCGCUGCCGGCGCCGGGACACAGAGCAGAGGCGCUCCUACCAGCAGCAGCGCAAGGUCCAUGUGCCGGGCCCGGAGUGCAGGGACCUGGCCAGCUAUGCAAUCAACCCCGAGCGGUUCCGGGAGGAAUUUGAGGGGCCCCCGCUGCCCCCCGAAAGGAGCAGCAAGGACUUCUGCAAGAUCCCCCUGGAUGAGCUGGUGGUGCCCUCGCCCGACUUCCCGGUGCCUUCGCCGUACCUGCUGUCAGAUAAGGAGGUGCGCGAGAUCGUGCAGCAGAGCCUCUCUGUGGGCAACUUCGCCGCCCGGCUGCUCGUCAGGCUCUUCCCCGAACUCUUCACCGCCGAGAACCUCCGGCUGCAGUACAACCACUCCGGGGCGUGCAACAAGAAGCAGCUGGACCCCACGCGGCUGAGGCUCAUCCGCCACUACGUGGAGGCCGUGUACCCGGUGGAGAAGAUGGAGGAGGUGUGGCACUACGAAUGUAUCCCCAGCAUCGACGAACGGUGCCGCCGCCCCAACAGGAAGAAAUGCGACAUCCUGAAGAAAGCCAAGAAGGUGGAGAAGUGAUGGGCACCGCGGGCACUGAGCGUUCUGCCGGAGCCCGCGACGUGUCCACAGCCGCGCACCUUACGUCGGCGGGGAGUGGCCUGCUGCAUUUGCACACGUGACCGCCCCGCCGGCCACGGCCGCGAGAAAAGCCUCGCAUUUGGCCUCUUGUACUUACGACUUUUGUCCUGUGUUCCUGGCGGUGCAGCCAGAGUCUGGGGAGGGCCAAGCUGUGAUAGAAGAGAGGCCUCAGGAGUCAGGGCUCCCUUUCCUUGGCAGUGUCCUCCCAGUCCCCUCACAAUUUGAAAUGCAAAUCGAGCAGCCCUCCUGGUCCUCUUCCCACGUUUUACAUC